UUCACUCUUUCCUAUAGCUAUUAUGUUUGCUGUUGUAAUUCAUUCGCGUGGGAAGUUGUAACUGCUAUAUGGCAUUAUCUUUUGUAUGUCUUUCUGCAGCAGACGGUUUGAUAUUAUUAUAAAUGGCUGUGCAACGCCGAGGAAACUUUAAAAUCUCAGACAGUAACACCACUGAGAAAAAAAUAAAAAGGUAUAACGUACACAGACAGACGUCCCAUAGCAGAGCGUUUAUCAUCACCCUGCUGCUUCUGACUGCCAUAUGUGCGGUAGUGAGCUGGCUUUUCCUAAGUUUCAAUGAUGACAUCACAGAGACGCUGGUCUCAAGAUGGGAAGCACUGUCACAGCCCAGAGUAUUCGUGGUCCAAUGCUCUGAAGAUUAUGAAAACCACAAGCGCUUCCCAGGCUGCACUCCUACGAAAUGUGGCCGAGCGGUGUCAGACAAUGUGGUAACCAAGGAAGAGGCACAGAUGCUCAAAAGGUUAGCCGAGAGAGGACUGUCACUUGGUGGUUCAGAUGGAGGCGCCUCAAUCUUGGACCUCCACUCUGGAGCCCUGUCAUGGGGGAAAAAGUUCGUCAACAUCUACAGAUACUUUAGUGCUGAAAUAAACGAUGUUUUCACUGAGGAUGACUUUAAACUUUAUAGGGACGUGCGUGGGCGCAUUCAGAGAGUGAUUGCUGAAACGUUUGGGCUUGAUCCUACUCAGAUGCACCUAACCAAGCCCACGUUCUUCUCCCGCAUCAACAGCACCGGUGCCAAAACCACUCACGAUGAGUACUGGCACCCACACAUUGACAAGGUGACCUAUGGAUCCUUCGACUACACAUCGUUACUCUACCUAACGGACUACAGUGUGGAUUUUGGAGGGGGCAGAUUCAUCUUCAUGGACCCAGAUGGCAACAGAACAGUGGAGCCCCUUUCUGGCCGAGUGUCCUUCUUCUCCUCAGGCUCCGAGAACCUCCACCGGGUGGAGAAGGUGGCAUGGGGCACACGCUACGCUAUCACCGUGUCCUUCACGUGUGACCCCGAUCACGCUAUUUCAGACCCCAUCUUGCCAUAGUAUCACUGGUGUCUUGCCGGGACCCUGGGACAGGUGCAGAAAACCAGAAACUAUCUGAAUCACACUGAAGAUUCAUGUCUUUAUGUGAAUAUACUUGGAACGUGUUGACAACAACUAGAACAACACCAAUAAUAAAGCAUAUAACAUACA